AAUACUCAUGAAAGAGUUAGUGGUUCCGAAGCUUUUUGAUAUAUUUUGUUGCGUGGUUUUCUUCGAAUAAGUUCUCAUUUCGCGCUCGUAAUUUUCUGAAGCUUGAUACAAAUUUCGAAUCCUUAAUAUCCUUAAUCAAUGGUGCCUCUAUAACAAUGAAAAAAAAAAAAUUAAACACGGAUUACUGAUAUUGUAAAAAAGCUUAAUAGCCUAGGCAUAAACGCACCGUACCUGUACUUGAACAACGUUAGCUUUGUAAUUUUUGAGCAUCUGAGAUUACUCGUUAAGCUCUAUCUUAGGGUAUUUCUGUCGGUUGUUAAAGAAUUGAGUUCUUUUUGAAUUGAAUCCGGUGAAGGGUUCAGUUCGUUUUGGCUGGUGUGAUUUUGUGAUCGUUGUUCUCUCUGCGGUUAAAAAUCAUCGAAAAUAUAAACUGUGAAAAUGAGUAGAAAUUUGGUGUGGCAUUUGAUAUUUAAUUCAGCAAUCUUAUCGUGUGCUUUGGGUUCGUUACAAUUUGAUCCUGAUAUUGUAAAACCUCUCACUACCAAAUGUGAAAUUGUCCGGUUGUCGACUAAUACUCAAUUUCCGAAAAACACCACCAUCGAUUUCGAUGUCGAAUCUCCCAGAAUAGCGCACGUUUCUCCUGAAAGUAUCGUUGUCAAUAAUAACUCAGAAUGGUCACUCGAAGUAUGCGCCAAAGAACCCGGCUCCACUGUAGUUUUAACCAAAGUUAAUGGCUUUCAGUUAUUAGAAGAUGAAGCUGUUCUGCACAUAACCGUUGGAAAAAUUCGUUUCCUGAUAAUAUUAGCUGUUGUUGUGGGAUGGAUUUAUUUUACUGCCUGUACUAUUUCAUUUUAUCCUCAAAUAUACGAGAAUUACGUUCGUCAAAGUGUGGUAGGACUGAACUUUGAUUAUUGCGCAUUAAAUAUUGUCGGAUUUUUUUCAUACUCGUUGUACAACAUGGGCAUGCUGUAUAUUUCAUUUAUAGAGAAAGAAUAUUUUAAAAGACAUCCUACCGGUUUGAACCCUGUGCAAGUCAACGACCUACUUUUCUCCACUCAUGGAACUUUUGCAUCGGUGUUGACAAUGAUUCAAUGUUACAUAUACGAAAGAUCGGACCAGCGAAUUUCAUGGACUGCGAGACUGAUCCUUUCAUCAUUCGGGUUGGUGAUUUUGACGUCUGGUAUCACUGCCUCUUUGGGUGUUAUUCACUGGCUGGAUUUCUUGUAUUAUUGUUCCUACAUCAAAUUAUGCGUGACCAUCAUUAAAUAUGUACCUCAGGCUUUGAUGAAUUACAGAAGAAAAAGUACCGUUGGUUGGAGUAUCUUCAACGUUAUACUCGACUUCAAUGGAGCUUUCUUUAGCGUCUCUCAGAUGUUGAUCAAUGCAUACAACUAUGAUGAUUGGGAGUCGAUAAUGGGUGACCCAACCAAGUUCGGUCUAGGCUCGGUUUCAUUAGGAUUUGAUAUUCUAUUCUGUUACCAGCAUUAUGUGUUGUACAGACACAGCAAUAGUGACACAAAUAUCAUUAGUGAUACAAAAGUUCCUUAAAAGUUCACGAUUUUGUUGAUAUGGUCGUUCAUCUUUUCAACAGCUAUUAUACUUAUGUACAUGACGUUCCUAUGAUUUUUUUGUGCUAAAAAUGUAUGCUUUUAUACUUCCUUAAAGUAUUUGUCCUAACUUCAAUAGGUAUAGUGUUUUUUUUUUUUCAGUACCGAUCUAUCUAAUGUGGGUACUUAUUUGCUUGUUUCUGUACGUCUAUGUGAAUAUUUUAAUAAAUUUUUAAAAUUCUUAAUUGUACAAACCAAUAAGUACGUACAUGUUUUUUAAGUGGAUUUUCAAAAAUAUGGUUUUUGGACGUUUUUUAAAUCUCUUUUCAAAAACACUUUUCAGAUUCUAACUACAAUUUUUCAAAAUUGUGAAAGUCUUCUUUCUUUAUGUAAAAUCAGUAAAAUUCAAAAUCAAUCUGCCAAAAUCCAGAUUCUCAUAACAGCUGUCAAAAUCCCUGUAAAAACAAAAACAAACAAAAAAAAACUCGAUAAUUCUUGUUUAUUGUUUAAACUUAAUUUUUGUAUGUACUAGUAUAAGCUGUAAUUAUCUUACUACUGAACUGUUUUUAUAAUAAACCAGAAGUUCUGACUUUCA